AUGAAGUCCGCGUUGGGAUGGCAACCAGCUGCGAAGAUGAGGGUGGCGAUUAUAAAGUAAAUUUAGUCAAAAAAAAACGCCUGGGACUAGAGAUUAAUGUCGAAAGUAAUAAGCUUUUGAACUUGGCCUUAAAAUUUAAAUUUAGCAAUGAACUUGGCCUUAAAAUUUAAAGGGCAAUUUAUAAUGCGGUUCGAGGGUUUUUAAGACGAUAAAUUCAUGAAUUAUUAAGACAAUAAAAAAGGCAUACUGUAAGGUCUGUUGUAACAGAUACUGUUAAGUCUAAACACUUUUUUGAGCAGCGCCAAAAAGGUACGACGGCAGCCUUUUGAACUUUGUAACGCUCCUUCCCACCCUCUUUUCGAGCGUUUCGAAAACAUGAUUGAUGUCACAAACCGCUCAAGAACAGAGGUUUUAUUAUAACCCUGAAGUUUUUUUGGGUUGGAGAAAACAGCUGCUCUAGUACGGUAAUGUGAUCGAAUGACCAUCAUAUCAGUUUUCGGACAACAGAAAUUAUUAUUCCGACAAAUUAGUGAACGUUAUAAUGAAUGACUUUGGUUAAGAUUGGCAAAUUGCAAGGGCUGAUUGGUGAUGUUUGAAGCAGUUAUUGAUUUUUGGCAGAUUUUAUUUCGGACAGUUCUUUGUCGGGUAGAGAAAAAAUUAUGGUAUUUAAUCUACAGUGGAGGACCUGAUCCAGUGGCUCAAACGUACUAUUUUGCAUUCAGGAAGAAUCAAAAAAUGUGGCAAAAUACCUCCCUUUCCAAGUGAAAAAACUCCGAUUUCAAAAGCGCACUCGCUUUUUUUGUGAGGGAAAGGGCGCGCGCGCCCUUCAAAACGAAGUUUUUUCACUUGGAAAGAGAAGCAUUUUGCCACAUUUUUGAUACUUCGCGGAUGCAAAAUGGUACUUUUUUCACUGGAUCAGGUACCGUGAAGUGGUUUGUUCCCACUGUAGAUUAAAAGCCAUAAAUUUUGCUCUGCCCGACAGAGAACUCUGUCCGAAACAAAAUCUGCCAAAAAUGAAUAACUGCUUCAAACAUCGCCAAUCAACGCUUGCACGAUCCUAUAAUCCUUCUGUUUGGUUACCACUGCACAAAUUUCAGCUUUACUCAAGACUUGUCGUCGGUGCUCACAGAUCCUCGUCGAACCAAAGGCGAGACUACAGUCUUCUUCACACGCCAUUGGGGAGAUGGCUUCGUCCCGCGCAAAGAUAUUCCACCAUCCGCUCACAUUCCCAAAGUCAAUGCCGACACCUUCAAACAUUAUCUGGCCACUACAGCCAAGGUAUGCGUCGUCAAAUGUUUGGAGUUUGGUCGACUUUGAAGCUUAAUUUUUAUGUCUUUUUCUUUCAGAAACACAAACAUUACCUGAAAUCCAAACGUGCCUUACGAAAAGCCCUUGCCUUGCAUAGCCGAGAUGUGGACCUCACUUCGUCCGAUGUCCCCUCGCUGUUUCUAGCCUCAGACUUUACUCUAAAGGAUCCAGCAACCUUUGAAGCCGUGUUUUUGGAACCGCUGGAAGGCGCCAUUGAUAGAACGACAUCGGAUUCGGAGCUGAAGAAAUUAUUCGCCGGCUCGGUGUCGUCUUCAAGACCGAGCUUGUCCAGAGCGCCCUCAACUUCAUCGGUGGUGUCGUCGCAGAGCUCACAGGUGAGUUAAAAAAGUGGCUUCUGGAAUUUAGAGUUGCGACUCUGUUCUACAGUGAGGGACCUGAUCCAAUGGCAAAAAACGUACCAUUUUGCAUCCGGGAAGCAUCAAAAAUGUGGCAGAAUGCUUCCCUCUCCAAGUGAAAAAAACUUUGCUUUGAAGGUCGCGCUUUUUUGAAUCGGAGUUUUUUCACUUGGAGAGGGAAGCAUUUUGCCACAUUUUUUAUACUUCCCGGACGCAGAAUGAUACUUUUUUUGCCACUGGAUCAGGUCCCCCACUGUAGGUUUUACUCAAAAAACUUGGCCGUUUCAGGUGGCAUUCGAAUCGACCGAGCGCUCCUACAGGCCGCAUCAAGUGCUCCACAACAAGUUGGAAUAUUAUCACGACGUUGUUGGCGGCCUCUUGAACAACGAACUCAGCGAUAAGGGCGAGGAGUUUUGGAAAACGGUCAAUUCAUACGGGACAUUGAACGAAGAGCUGGCUGACGCCUUGGAUAAAGUCAAAGAAAUCAGGUGAAUUUUUGAAAAAAGUUUAGUGUUGGGGUUGAUUUAUCAUUUAAAAAAUUGGUUAAUAGCUUUUAAAAUUUGAGUGUUUAACGUCUUGUUUAGGUCAUAUCUAAACACGGUGAAGACCAAGGUCUACGAUCGAACGCAACAUAUCCUAGCCUUGCAAAGAGCCCGCGAAAACCGACUGAAGUUGCUGUCGAGACUCGAGGACAUUGCCUGUCUGCGAGACGCUCAAUCGACGGUUCAGAUGCUGUUGAAUCAAAACGACUACCUGAAGGCGCUGGAAUGCAUUGAAACCGCUCAAGAAGUCCUCAGCUCCGAACUGAAGGGAGUGGUUUGUUUCAGGUAAGGAGGAAACGAAUUUUUUUUAUCGAAAUUUUUAGGCAUUUGAACAGCCAGUUGAACGAACUCCACAGAGCCAUUGGAAGAAUGCUUCUGGAUGAGUUUGUAACAAUAGUUCAGCGAGAAUUCGGUCGACCCUUUGAUCGAGAAAUGGAGUCGGGCUAUCAUGAUGUAAGCAGAGUAAUUUCGAAAAAAAUUAAAUCUUGGAGGCCCAAUUUAGACGUUUAUUUUUUUCAGAGUGGACUCCAGAUUUACACCCGCGGUCUGAUUCGAUGCGACGAAUAUCGGUUUAUGACUGUUCUGAGAAGCGAAAUUGUGGAAGCUGUGAAAAUGACGAUCCGAACGGUGGUCAAAAAUCGACUUGUCGAAUGCGAAGCAAUGAUUCCGGAUUAUGAUCCGUCCUUAAGGUAAUGAAAUGCGAGUUUUGUAACAGACGAAUUUAAGUCUGGCAGGAAAAAUUAUUCUUCCUUUUCUCGGCUAGAUUUCUUAUCGGUCACAUCGAUUCUUCAUUUCUUAUAAUCUGCCAAAAUAGAUAGCCAAAUGGCUGCAUUGGCCAACACAAAUCCCUUGAAUUCCUGGCCAAGGUUCUGGAUUGAUAGCGAAACGGUCUAACUGACUAGACAAAGACCUUUAUUGGCUUAGAAAUUGUUCCUGGAUGGAUUGGCUACUAAUUCAGCCGUUUACUAGCCAUUUCUAUAGUCUUUUGAACGAUGACAAUCCAUACAGUGGGGGACCUGAUCUAGUGGCAAAUAACGUACAAUGUUGCAGUUGGGAAGCAUCGAAAAAUGUGGCAAAAUGCUUCCCUCUCCAAGUGAAAAAACUCCGAUUUCAAAAGUUCGCCCGCUCUUUUUUUGAGGGAAAGGACCCUUAAAAACGAAGUUCUUUCACUUGGAGAGGGAAGCAUUUUGUAACAUUUUUGAUACUUCCCGAAUGCAAAAUGGUACGUGUUUUGCCACUGGAUCAGGUCCCCCGCUGUAUGGCUUGUUAUCGUUCAAAUGACUAUAGAAAUGGCUAGUAAACGGCUGAAUUAGUAGCCAACUCAUCCAGGCGCAAUUUCUAGGCCAAUAAAGGUCUUUGACUAGUCAGUUAGACCGUUUCGCUAUCAAUCCAGAACGUUGGCCAGGAAUUCAAGGGAUUUGUUUUGGUCAAUGCAACCAUUUGGCUAUCCAUUUUGGCGGACUAUCAGAAAUGCAUUCGAUCUGAAAUAAAAGUCUUUGACUAGUCAGUUAGACCGUUUCGCUUCGGGUCCUUCACUGUAGCCAUGUCUAUAGUCUUUUGAACGAUGACAAUCCAUAAAUUCGAUCAUCCCGAAAUUGAAAUGCCACGCCUUUAUGCUUUUCUUUAGUUUGGGCGAACAAAUGCGUCAAAUGAGCUUCACUCAAUGGUUGGAUACCCUGGAAGCAAUCUUCACCUCUCUUUAUUACCUUUGCAUGCGGGUCUCGGUAAGUCGAAAGCGUCGCUGGAAUCGACUUUUUAGAGUAUACAAACGAUUAUUGUGGAUAAUGCAAUACGGGUACAAAAUCAGCGACGCUUGCAACAAAAGAAUUUGUCGGAUGCAAAAGCUGGCAACGGAUGUGUAAAUAACAAUGUUUUGGUGCCAGAAGCCCCUGAAAUGGCUUUGAAAACGAAUGGAAACGGAAUUGACGGCCAGGCGGAAACUUCCGAAGAUGAAAAAUGCGAUGGAAACGGAGGAAUUUUGAUGGAAAAUGGAACAAAACAAGGAGAUGUAGUGGAAAAUGGAGAAAGAUCAACGAAAUUCGAACAAUCGCCGAUGGAAAAUGGCAUAUCAAGCAGUAGAAAUGGAGAGAAUGGGGCUAGCAGCCAGUCCAACUUUGCGGUCGCUUUUCUCAGCCAGCCGUGCAGAAAUUUGGAUCAACUCAAAGAAGCAGCACCAUUCUUAGUUGAACAUGCGAUUUUAGCGUCCGAGGAGAGAGUUUCGAAACGUCUCACCAACAAGUAUAAGGUAAGAAGGAGUAGCAGAAGAGUUGCGAGAUGUUUUGUAGGAACCUGUACAGUGAUCCAGUGGCAAAAAACGUGCCAUUUUGCAUCCGGGAGGUAUCAAAAAUGUGGCAAAAUGCUUCCCUCUCCAAGUGAAAAAACUCCGAUUUCAAAAGCCGCCCUACAAAACGAAAGUUUUUUUUUGACUUGGAGAGGGAAGCAUUUUGCCACAUUUUUGAUGCUUCCCGGAUACAAAAUGGUACAUUUUUUGCCACUGGAUCAGGUCCUCCACUGUAGUUGUUUUGAAGGUUGGAAUGUUUGAUUUCCAGGACAAAUUCCUUGAAAGGUGCAGCGCCGACCAGUUUUGCCAAUUCGAAAGCCUAGUCCGAACUUUCAUCAAGAAAAGCCGAUCUCUUGUACCCACAACGUCCGCACUCAGCCUAGCAAAUGGACCAGAAGGCCUGACUCCACAACGCUCACCUUUAAUGGGAACAAUUCAACUGCAAACCGCGAAAUUCAUCGUCUCCUUCCAAGAAAAUAGCAAACAAAAAUUGAGGUAGGUGACAAAUGAGAGAGGAGCACUACUAGCAAUGUCUAUUUAGUUGUUUAUUUGAUAAUUGGGGCUAUAAAAACAGAGGAAAUAUUUUUAUUUUAUUUUACCGACCGCCUCGCUUGUAAUAUUUCGGUAGAGUGAAACACUUGACCCAAAAUGGUUAGAGUCAGAGUUGACACGACAUUUUAUUUUUUUCUCGUGGAACCCGCGUUGUUUGCUCUGUCUAGCAACUCAGAGUAGUUUAUCCAGCUGAUUUUAACUUUUUUAAAUUUCAGUCACGUCCUCGACGUCGAGAAAUGGCGCCCGACCGAGGUUCCCGCCCACUUCCAAAAGAUUAUCGACGAUUUUGUGGAGAACGGCGUGCUCCGCGACUCCUCGACCUCAAAUCCGUCCACGGCGUCCUCAUCAACGGUCACCUCACCCGAACCUCAGGAAUCCAAGCAAUAUCUGGAGGUGGGCGAGGACAAAUACUGCACUGUAGGCGCUUGUCUGUUGAUGUUGAAGACCAUGGCGCAAUAUUGCACAGUCUUGGCGCAUUUCAACCAAUCCGCGCCCGAGUUGCUGAUGCACAUGGUUGGCUUGCUGAAACACUUCAACUCGCGGACCUGUCAGCUGAUCCUAGGCGCCGGAGCGCUUCAAUUGGUCGGACUGAAGACUAUCAGUGUGAAAACGUUGGGUAGGAUUUUUUAAACUGAUGGCAGUUUUUUUUUGUUUUCUAGUCCCUAACUGUAUGAUUGGAAGAAUAAUUUUGUCUUUUGCAGGUUUAACGGUUAGAUGCCUCCAACUUGUGUCGCGCUUUAUUCCGGUUGUCAAACAAGAAUUUUUGAACGCUCUUCCGCCCGACAAACAAAAUCUUGGACGACACUUUGACCUCACAUUGAGAGAUUAUACGGAUCAUGUGGAUGAAAUCUACAACAAGUUGGUUUCCGUGGUAGAUCAGCAUCUUUUGAGUGGUCUGGCACAGGUAAACAUAAAUUUAGUUUCCUUUUGAUAGUAGGUUUGACGAAAACGAGACUGAUUUUGAGGAUCGCUAUAAAAUAAGGGUAUACCUGAAUUUUCAGUGGUCUUUGUCUUCGAAUUCGCCAUCAGCGGCCUUCCAACACAUCAUAAGGCAAAUUGGAAAGUUUUACAAUGGGUUUUCAUCUGUCAUGCCUCCCAAAGACACUACAGUAGGUUAAUUUUGUAGCUUUGUUGUCUGAAUUUUAGAUUGCAUCCGGAUAUUAGAAGUUAUUUUCCAAGUUUUAGCUGCUCCUCCGCCGAAUCCACGAAAACUUCAAAGUCCAUUUAGCCGAAAAGAUGAUCGAAAAAGGGAUUUCCCCGCACGACGCGCUCCACUACGGAAUGGCCGUCCAGGAAUUCAACUACUACAUGGAGAAUAUGCGCUCCCUUCCCGAUUGCCUAGAAUUUCCCGAUGAUUCGUUGGCCUCACUUCCCCUCUAA